AUGCCAACAUCUUUCGAAUGGCUCACCACUGCGCCGAUCAAGAUCCGGCCUUUCAAACCAAAAUAUCACCUUACGAUGGGCCUGGAGAAUAUGCCGCUGUCUGAGCUGAUACAGAUGGAUAAGACUUAUGCCGACCGCAUCCAGCUACGUCGGAACCUCAUCAGCGAGCAUCCCACAUCGACCCGACAGUGUAAUCCUUGCGCGGAAAAGGCCGUAGCUGAACUCUAUGAGUGGAUAAUCUCAACUUAUCUUCCCAAGCGAUUUCCAUCGACGUACAAACUCACUUCGGCAGAGACUGGGUCUGGCCUACGUAAUCUGGUUACAGACAAGCUGAUACCGCUUCAAGCACCUUCAUCAAUCGACGCCUUGGAGCUAUUAGGAGAGAACGUGGAUACCGAUUUCCUCGUUCUUCUGCCCUCUUCAAAGGCGGCAGAUGGAUCGCCGGUCUACCACUUGGAGGCAUUUGUGACAUGCUUCCCUUCGGGCUUCAGCACGCGUGAGAAGUGUGGCAAGCCUCUCGCAGCGAUACACAAUCCAGUCCCGGGAUACGCAAGCAAACUUGAGCGCUCUAUGGAUCGGUUCUUUGCCAGGCUUGAGGUAGGCAAAGCGGUGAAGCGGGUCAACUGGAGUAUCACGACGAACGAUCGGCUGUUCUCUGAAAGUGGCAACCAUAUGUACAGUGAUGAGGAACCACCCAAGCCAGCGGAGAAUGCGAAGACGCUGGACGCCAGCGGACCGAAUAUUGAAGACGAGAUUGCAAAGCAGAAGCUUGAAGUCGUUGUUGAAGACUGCAGGCUUCGGUGCGAGAGACAGACGCUGCAUCGCUUGCCGAACACGAAUGCACUGGUCUUCGCGUUCAAGACGUAUCUUUACAAGCUGUCCGAGGUCAAAGAUGAGGGCUUGGGUCCGGCUCUGGCGGAUGCUGUUGACGGCUUGGGUACUGGAAGCGUGCCAGAUAUGGCGUUCUACAAGCGAGGUGUAGUCUGGGGCGAGAAGGUUAAGGAGUACUUGCGGAGCUGA